AGGUUCUGGGAUUGUGGAUUGUCCAACUGUUGCUUCUUCCAGGUGACCUUUGCGACAUGGCCAGUGGCAAGACCCCCCAGCCCAUGAGGUACUCAAGAAGGGCGGAUGGAUUCCAGAGCAGAGUGGUAGCAUCUCGUAAUCCGAAGCUCGUCAGAGAGGCAGAAGAGUCUCUCACUACCAAGCAGAGGCUGGCCAGCCCUUAGGAGAUGAGGCGUCGCCAGACUAUCCAGCUUCAGGACAGGGGUGAAGUCUCCCAUCAAAAGUUCUCAGCAGUUGACCUGGACCAGAGGUUGUUCCAGCCUUUCCCAUCCGAGCUGGUGUUUGAGAACUGCAUUCCCCACCAGUUCUACAUAGCGGCGCUAUCUCUGAGGAGCGUGGACAGGGUUCCUCGUCUGCUGAACAUCAUCCUGGGGAACUCUCCUUACUUCGAGUUGAUCAGCCCGAGUGAUGAGGACUAUAAGGUAGCACCAGGCAUGUCUUCAAUGUGCUGUAUCCUUUUCAGACCUGAUGAGAACAAGGAUUAUUUUGAUGAGCUUAUCAUCAUCACAGAGAGGGAGAAGUUCUUUGUGCCUAUCCGAGCCAUAGGUGCCCGAGCCACCCUGGACUCCCCUGAGCAGCUGAACUUCUCCGACUGUCCAGUCAGGUUCAGCACUCAGAAAACUCUGCUGGUGCGCAACGUGGGGAAGCGGGAGGCUUGCUACAGCAUCACCACUCUGAGCCCUUUCUCUGUGAAUCCCUCCAUUGGGACUCUUGGUGUUGGAGAAGCGAUGGAAGUCACAGUGGAAUUUCACCCACCAAAGACCGGUGUUUAUUCCAGUCCCAUGAUUGUUCACUAUGAUACAGGUGAAGAUGUUCACAAAAGCCUUUGUGGAACAGCUGUAAAUGUCAACAUCAGGCUUGACAAGAGCUCCUUGACACUUGAGAAGACUUCCCUCACGCUGUCAAACCAAAGAUCCCUGGUGAUCCACAGUGAGAGUGCCAUCACGGCCCACUUCCAGUGGAAGCGUUUUGUUGAUCAGGAAGAGGAGGAGCGGCAGAAGCUGAGGCUGUGCAGGAGCCUGCUGCAGAGGCAGGAAGAGGGCAAGCUGGGUGAUGUUCCUAAGGAGCAUGGGGUGGUCCCCCCUCUCGGAGAACACCCUUCCCUUCCCUUCCCAUCUACCUCCCAGAACCAGGAGACAGAGGUGCAGGGAGACUCCAUGCCUUUCUGCCAUGAUGUUUUCACCAUUGUGCCCAUGGAGGGAGAUAUCUUGCCAAAUUCUUCACUUGAAAUCAAUGUGAUCUUUAAGCCCAAAGAAGCCAGAGUCUACCAAGAGGCGGUCUACUGUGACAUCUCAGGCCAUGAGAGCAGGCUGCCCCUGUGCAUCAGCGGGGAAGGCGUCGGGCCCCAGGUCAAACUCAGCUGUGACCAGCUGAGCAUCGGGAAGGUGUUUGUUGGCUCAAGCCACAGCUACCAGAUGCUCCUGCUCAACACAGGAGUUAUUGAGACUCCCUUCAGCAUGGUCUAUCCAGAGAGAGCUCUGGGCUCCUGCUUUAUUUUUGCCCCCCAGGAGGGCAUGCUUUUGCCUUUUGAGCAUCAGGUCAUCUGGAUCUCCUUCAGUGCCACUGUCCUGGGCCAGUUCACAGAAGAAUUCCAGUUCAGUGUGAAGGCAUCCCCUGAGCCUCUGACACUGACUGUGAGUGGCUGUGUCAUCGGGCCGACGUUUCAUUUCGAUGUAUCAUCCCUCCGCUUCGGUGAAGUCUCCUUUGGCUUUCCUCGCACCCUGUGCUGCCGCCUCACUAACACUUCCUCGGUGCCCUUCAGCUUCAACCUUCGCAUUCCUGGGGACGGCUCGGGAGCACCCAGUGUGACCAGUUUUGCUCAGGUGUCAGACAGCACUGGUGCAUCGUGGAGAAAGCGAGCCCGAGGUGCCAAGAAGCCAGCUGGAUUUACUGUCAGGCCCUUCACAGGGACCAUCUGCUUCAAGGGAGACAUGGAUAUCCAGGUCACCCUGUGCUCCAACACUGUGAAGAGAUACAAGGUGGCCCUGGUGGUAGAUGUGGAUGGUGUUGGCAGAGAGGUGUUAUCACUGCCCGUCAGAGCCAGAUGUGUCAUUCCCCCGCUGUGAGUGCUUCAGCCGGCUCUGACGUUUGGACGAUGCUCUCUCAAAGUCCCUUAUCAGCAGAUGCUGACCCUUGUGAACAACAGCAACCUUCCAGGCUGCUACUGGGCUCUUCCUCAGGAGAAUAAGGAUGCUGCUUCUGUGUGGUACUCCAGCCCUGAGCCCCGUGGGAUUAUCCAGCCUCACAGCUCGGUGGAGAUCCCGUUCAGACUGGAAGUCCAGGUGACGGGAAAGCAGGACACCGUUGCUCAUCUUGCGGUGUUUGGGAGUAAAGAAUCCCCACUGAAAAUCCAUUUCCUGAGCACUGGAGAAGGACCAGUUGUCCACGUGUGCCCAAGUCAGAUAAAUUUUGGCACCAUCAAAGUUCUCCAAGAUGCUUCCCGAACCCUCCACCUCUCCAAUCAGUCUGUCAUCGCUGCAUCCUUCUCAGCAAAGAUGGCUGGCAAAAACUCUUGCUGGAGUAUUGCACCCAGUCAAGGAGUGAUCCCUGCCAAGGGUGAGGUGUCUGUGGCUGUCACUGCAAACUUGGAUGACAUGGAGCAAUUCAAGGACGAGGUGCUGCUGUUCAUUGAGAACAGUCGUGCCUACACCAUCCCCGCUGUUGGCGUUGGCACCAUGAUCGUCAUUGACAAACCCUUUGGCCCGGAGCUCAAGCUGGGACCCUGCUUCAGCCUGGAUCCCUGCUGUUACCGCUUCAAGAUGACAAACAAAGGACAACGCACCCAUCUGCUCUGUUGGACCACAGAAGGUAGCACCACACUUCAGCAGUGCAAUCAUCUCCCUCCCAUCAGUAACACCAAGAGCAAGGUUUCCUCCUGCGCCCCCGUGUUUAAGCUUCAGCCACUGAGGACGGAGCUCAUGGCUGGCCAGACAGCAGAGAUGGUGCUGGAAGGCUCCUGCAGCACCCCCCAGGUGGUGAAGGAGAAGCUGCUGUGUCACGCCAUCGUGGGCAAGGAGGGAGUGAAGAAUCUGAUCAUGCAGGUGGACGUCAUGUGCGAGUUCAUUGCUCCUGCUCUGCAAAUAUCCACCAGAGAAAUCACUUUCUCGGUGGAGAAGCACCCCGGUGAUGUCCUGACUAUUCAGUAUAAGCCUCUCUCUGUAAAGAACAUCUGCUGCCUGCCCCUCAGCAUGGUCCUUGUCUUGGAGCAACCCUUCUCCAUCUGCACUGCGGACCAGCAGCCUCUCCCUGCAGAUGCUCCACCCAUGAAGAUGAGGACAGGGGAGGAACUUCAACUCUGCAUCGGAUUUAACCCUGCUUAUGAGGAGGAUUUGCUUAUCCAGGCAGCAGAGAAGGCUCUAAAGAUCACGUUCCUGGAGCAUCCUCAUGAAGAGCAGGUCACCAUUCAGGGAGAAGUCUACUUCCCGAAUCUCCAGCUCCAGACCAGGGCCCAGGACUUUGGCUGCAUCCUGAAUGACACCAAGGAUGUGCGUUACAUGGAGAUGACCAACUGCAGCCCACUGGUUGUCCAGUACCACUGGUCAUUCCUGAAGGACAGCCUGGUGAACCCAGUGAGGUUCAUGGAGACAGAGCCCCUUGCCUUGGGUGUGGAGGAGGGUUUCGAUAUCCUGCCGCUGCACGGUGAGCUGCAGCCGGGCCAGAGCCAGCGCAUCACCUUCACCUUCUUCGGCCACGCCAACACUGUCACCCAGGUCACGGCGCUGUGCAGGGUGGAGGGAGGCCUGAGCUACGAGGUGGCUCUGCGUGGGGAGGCCUCGCGCAUCAGCUACCUCCUGGACACCAGCGAGAUCGACUGCAGGCUGCAGGUGUUCAACAAAGUCACGGAAGCAGCGAUGACCCUGCAGAACAGCGGGAAGCUGGGAUUUGCCUUUGUGGUGCUGAGCCCCGGCACAGGCACUGCAGCCAGCCCUCUGCCUGGUGUGCCCCUAGUCGUGCCCAGCACGGGUUACAUUGAACCUGGCAAGCAGCAAGUGCUGAAAGUCCAUUACCUGCCAGGAGUGCCUGGGGUCUUCUGCAGGGCUUUCCAGAUCCAAGUGGGUCACCUGGAGCCAGAAAAAGUCUCCCUGAAAGGAGAAGGGACCUUUCCCAGGAUCCACUUGGAUCUGCCCAGGAACAUCAAAGGCAAUGCCAAAUAUGAGAAGAUCCUCCAAAAGGCCAAAGAAAAGCUGGGCAAAGGCAGCCAGAGAGAUGAGGCCAUUGCUCUGGGGGAGGCUGAGCCCUGCAUGGACUAUUUGGGCACUGUGUGGGAUGCUAAACUGCAGAUGCAGAUGGAAGAGAUGCUGAUUGAGGAACAUGCCCUGGAGCAGCAGAAAGCUCUCACCUCCCGUCCUCCGGAGGACACUGCCUUUCACCAGCGUGUACAUCGGAGGCUUGUCAAAGCUGAGCUGCCCGAAUACAUCCUGGACCUUGGCUAUGUUGCUCCUGAUGACAUCCACACAUGCAUCGUGAAGAUCACCAACACCGGGCACUUCCCUGCAUCUUUCCAGGUCGAUGGAUAUGUCCUGUAUAACACAGGCUUCAGCGUAUGCCUGGAACAUGUGAAGCGCCUGCCCUCCUGUGAGAGCAAAACAUUUGAAGUGUGCUUCGACCCACAAAGUGCCAACCUGCCCCUGGGAAAGGUGGAUGUGCUCCUGCCCAUCAAGGUCAGAGGAGGCCCCACACUGCAGGUCCGCCUCUGAGCCAUCGUGGCUGAGCCAUCCCUCUGCCUCUCCAGGGUCAGUCUGGAGUUCUCCACUGUGCAGUGUGGGCAGUGCCAGGAAGAAACCAUCCAGCUCCACAGCACAUUCCAGGUCCCCUGUAAAUGGUCCAUCAGCGUGAAUGAGCCUGUUAAUUCUAGGCAGUGGUGGCCACGUCUGGGUGGGAUGAGGGUGCUCCCUGCACCGUGCCAGCAUCUUGGAGCACUUCAGAAACCGAGGGUCUGUCCUCACAGAGCAAGGAGACCUCCUGCGACCGGUUUCUGUGCGCAGGUGGGCAAACAUCUGCCAGCAAGUGAGCAUCAGAAGCUGCUGGAGGAGAUGAAGUCCGUGCCCUGUGGCUUUGAGGUGCUGCCCUCAGCUGGAAGCUUCGCUCCAGGACAGCAGUGCCAUGUCCAAGUCCGUUUUUCACCCAGGGAAGAGAAGUGCUACUGGGGAGAAAUGCAGAUCCAGAUUUGCCAGAGCAGCCAACACCUCCCAGUGCUGGUCUUGGGAUGUGGUCUGGAGCCACGGCUGGAGUUCAGCCCCGCAGACCUCGAGCUGGGACCGCUGCUGCCACAGAGCCAUGGGGAAGAGGGGACAGCGGUGGUGAAAAAUCCCUGUGAGGUUUACUCACUGGAGUUUGACCAGCAGCACCUUGCUGAGGAGCAGCUCCUACAGACACCGAAAGAUGACAACAGCCACAACAGCUUGUUGCUGCCUUCGUGUGCCCCGGGUGAGAAGCUGACUGGUGAGGCCCAAGGAAGGGGCAUAAAAAUGAAGGUUGAAGUUGUGGAUCCACCAGGAAAGGUGGUGAAGCUAGGAAACGUGUGCAUUGGGCAGAUAGUGAAGAAGUUCAUCACCAUAGCCAACAAGAGUGCAGCCCCUCGCGCCUUUAAGCUCAGAGUCACAUCCACCGUGCCAGAGUUGCAGGAAGCUGGGGUUCUGUGCUUGAAGCCCAGCAAGGAGCUAAAGCUGAAGCCUAGAGGAGACACCUGCAAAGUGGAGGUGACGUUCUCCCCGAAGCGCCGCAUCCAGCCAUUCACCAGGGAAGUUCUGGAGUGCCACGGGCUGGUGAGCUCCCUCUUUGUGGUGCGGGGCUCCUGCCAAGGCAGCCUCCUGAGCUUGGACCAGGACCAGCUCAGCUUUGGAGCCGUGGUGCAGCAGAGCUACACGGGCCAGCGCGUGGUCAUGCAGAACGUGGGAGACACAGGAGUCAGGUUUAUGUGGGACGUGGAGAGCUUCAAGCCGGACUUUUCCAUCAGCCCCACGAAGGGUUACAUCAGCCCAGGGUUGGAUAUCCCCUUCAUUGUGACCUUCCACCCCUUGAAGCUGAGCCAGGCUGUCCAGAACGAGGGGCUGCGGUGCUUCAGCCAGGGCAGUGAGGCGCUGCGGCUUACGCUGUCAGGAUCCUGCGUGGAGGCCCCUGGCACCAAAGAGACCGUGACUUUCAGCUGCAGUGUGAGUGAGAGUCAGAGCCAGACCAUCCUCCUGUCCAACCCGAGCAGUGAGGCCUGGACCCUGCAGCCCAUCAGAGGGGAAUACUGGAAAGGGCCUGAAUUUAUCCAUCUGGAGGCCAGGCAAAAGGCCUACCAGGUCACCUACAGACCCCUAACCAUGAGCUCUGAGAACAAGAAGCAUCAGGGCUCCAUCUUCUUCCCCCUGCCGGAUGGAACAGGGUUACACUGCCAGCUGGAAGGAGCUGCUGAAGCCCCCCGGUGUUCAGGGGCCAUUUCCCGGCAGGUUGCGUGCAGGAAUCGCCACACGGAGCUCAUCCCUGUGUCCAACUGGCUGCACAGACCACAGAGGUGAGUUCCGGUGGUUAUUGACAUUCUCAAACCAGAGAACCUGGAAAGCAGUUCUGUGCUGCAGGGCUCUUCAUACAUCGACCUGCCAAGCUCUGCGAAGAAGGACUACGAGCUCACCUUCUUCUCCUACAGAGGAGUCUUCAGGGCAAAGCACUUGCCUUUGUGUCUGAUUCACGUGACCUUCCUCAAUGAGACAACUGGAGAGUACUUGUUCCACAUGGUGACUUUCAAGGUGGUGGCUUCAGGACCCAUGGGCACUGUUAAAAUGAGCACUGCUGUUCGGCAGAGAGUGUCCUCCACCGUCAAGGUGGACAGCCCUCUGCCUGUCCCAGUGAUGUUUGACAUCAAAUGCGAAGUGCCCAACGUCAGCGUUGCACAGCACUUUACUGUUCCUGCACGGUCCAAGGCGGAUCUUGUCUUGGAGUAUCGGCCCCUGCAAACGGGUGAGCGCACCAGGCACCUGGUGCUCCAGAGCAGUGACUUGGUCUCUCUGUCUUACAACCUGCAGCUGAAAGCCACCUCGAGCAGGCCAGAGAAGCCCAUGUAUUUCCACACCGCGCUGGGCUCCCGUCAGACCAUCACCACCAAAAUAUGGAAUUUUGCCCAGCAGAAGACCGAGUACCUCCUGCAGACCGACUGUGCCGACUUCCAGAUGGCAAAAUCCAUCAGUGCGGCACCCGCCAGCCCUGGGGGCUCGGGCCUGAGCGUGGAAGUGACCUUUGAGCCCUGCCAGCUGGGCAAAGCCAAGGCCACGCUGUGGCUCAGCUCCGCAUUGGGUGGGCAGUACUGCACCCCACUCAUCGGCCUUGUGCUGCCCCCUGAGCCCCAGGGCCCCUUCCUCAUCCCAGCCAGCGGCACCACCUCCAUCUCCCUCAGGAACGUCUUCCCGAAGGCCAUGGCAUUCCAGUAUGCAGUAAAGCACCCGGCCUUCACCGUCAGGGCCCCUGAGAUGCUGCGCGCCAAGAGCAGCACCACCAUCACCGUCUCCUUCAUGGGCGGGGCGGCGGCUCCUGUCACCAGCAGGCUGGUGGUCUCUUGCCCUGGGGGCUCCUGGAUCCAAACAUACAGUUCU